CCUGGGACUGGGCUGGAAGCGCGAGGCGAAUAUCAAAGUCCUUCCAGGCGUCAUGAUGGCCGCGAGGCCCCGUCGGUGGCUGCGCGCUGCUGCUGCUUUCCUGAGGAUCUCGGGGGGCUGCAGAGGGUGCCACGUCGGGGCUGCAGCCUCCCUAAAGAGGGAGUACGACGCCGUCGUGAUAGGGGCAGGACACAAUGGACUGGUGGCUGCUGCCUACCUGCAGAAAGGUGGCUUGAAGACAGCUGUGCUGGAAAGAAGACACCUUGUGGGGGGUGCAGCAGUCACUGAGGAGAUUAUCCCAGGGUUUCGCUUCUCCAGAGCCUCCUACCUGCUCAGUCUGUUGAGACCCCAGAUUUACUCAGAGCUGGAGUUAAAGAGGUAUGGUUUAAAAGUGCUUCCACGUGACCCUUAUUCCUACACACCGCUGCUGGAGGAUGGUCGGGCCGGAAAAGCCCCCCGCUCACUGCUGCUGGGGAACAACAUGGCUGACACACAGAGCCAGAUUGCCCAGUUCUCUGUAAAGGAUGCCCAGGCCUUUCCCCAGUAUGAGGCGUUCAUGAACCGCUUGGUGUCAGCCAUAGACCCUCUUCUUGAUACCUGCCCUUUGGACGUGGCUGGUUUCAGCCAGGGCUCCCUUCUUCAGAAGCUCAGAGCCUUACGAGGCCUACGGGCCCUGAUCCGUGCAGGCUUUACUCUGGGGAAACAGCUUCCGCAAUAUUAUCAGGUUCUGACGGCCCCCAUUUCCAAGAUCUUGGAUUUGUGGUUUGAGUCAGAGCCCCUGAAAGCAACACUGGCAACAGAUGCGGUGAUAGGUGCCAUGGCUGGUCCCCACACACCAGGCAGUGGGUAUGUGCUGCUGCACCAUGUGAUGGGUGAGCUGGAGGGGCGCCAGGGGGCCUGGGGCUACGUGGUUGGGGGCAUGGGAGCGCUUUCCCAGGCCCUGGCCAAUGCUGCAACUGCACUCGGGGCUGAGAUCUUCACGGAGAAGGCUGUUGCCCAGAUUCUUCUGAGCUCAGAUGGGAAGGCGCAAGGUGUUUGCCUCCAGGAUGGAACAGAAGUGAAGAGCCGCCUGGUCCUGUCAAAUGCAUCUCCGCAGCUCACCUUUCUGGAAUUGACUCCUCAGGAGCAGCUGCCCCCAGAAUUUGUCCAGAGAAUCUCCCAGUUCGACUCACGCUCUCCAGUCACCAAGAUCAAUGUGGCUGUGGAUCGUUUGCCUGAUUUCCGAGCGGCCCCCAAUGCCAGGGAUGGCUGCCCCUUGCCCCAUCACCAGUGCUCCAUCCACCUCAACUGUGAAGACAUACAGCUCUUGCACCAGGCCUUUGAAGAUGCCUGCCAGGGGAGACCGUCAAGCAGGCCCAUGAUUGAACUGUGCAUCCCGUCUGCCCUGGACCCCACACUGGCUCCGCCGGGCUGCCACGUGGUCUCUCUCUUCACUCAGUACACCCCCUACACGCUGGCCGGAGGGAAGCAAUGGGAUGACCGUGAGCGUGAGGACUACGCUGACCGAGUCUUUGAUUGUGUUGAAGCCUACGCCCCUGGGUUCAAGGCCUCUGUCAUCGGCAGGGAUGUCCUGACGCCUCCAGACCUUGAGCGGAUCUUUGGCCUACCUGGUGGGAACAUAUUCCAUGGAGCAAUGUCUCUGGACCAGCUGUAUUUUGCCCGGCCAGUGCCUUCCUAUUCCAGCUACCGAUCUCCAGUGGAAGGCCUCUACCUCUGUGGAAGUGGCGCCCAUCCUGGAGGAGGUGUCAUGGGAGCGGUGGGGCGCAAUGCGGCUAGAAUGGCUCUGGAGGAUUUUAAGCAGCUGUGACCUCCCCAGGGAGGACCCUUGAGCUGCCCUGGCUCAGGGAAAGGGACUGACGGGAAGCCACUCUGCUGCGUUCUGUCUCUGGGCCCAGUGCUAGAGAGAGAUCUCUGGUCUUUUGCUCUGGGCAUUGCACAGCCAUGGAGCAGUAGGUGGGCGCUGCUCUUGCAGACAGAUGGACACAAGUGUGCCACAAGCGUGUUUGCAAAAUGCUCUUGCUACCACUACCGCUCCCAGCUUUAUAAAUCAGCUAAUGCACUCCUCCUGAAUGCUCCUAUUGUA